CCGCGCGCUCCCCGCCGCCGAAGGGGGGGGCGGGGCGAGGCGAGGCAAGCGGGAUCCUCAGGAGGAGGCGGCGGCGGCCGACUAGGCCCGGUGCGGGUGUUGCUCCCUCCCCCGCCUCUGGUGGAACGGGCCGGGAUGAGUGGCGAGGACGGGAACGAGGAGUUCUACCGGCAGCUGCAGCUCCAGCAGCAGUGCGAGGCCGAGCCCGGCGGUGAGGGCGAGCCCGACCCCUUCACCUACGUGGACCCGGCCGACGGGGCCGCCUACGAGUGGGACCGGGAGAAGAAGGCCUGGUUCCCCAAGAUAACAGAAGAUUUCCUGGCAACAUACCAUGCCAACUAUGGCUUCCAUGCAGAUGAUACAGACAGUUCAUCUGCUUCUGGCACAGCAACUGAAACUAAGCAACCAGUAAGUUCGAAGACAUCAGGAACACAACCAUCAGCAAACGAGAAAAGACCACAACAAACAGAUCCAAAACAAAAAGGGGAAAAACGGAAGCUUGAGCCAGGAUGGUUUCACGUUGAAGAAGACAGAAACACAAAUGUUUAUGUGACUGGUUUACCUCCAGACAUUACGAAAGAUGAAUUUAUCCAAGUCAUGUCAAAAUGUGGUAUCAUUAUGCGAGAUCCACAGACAGAAGAACACAAAAUCAAGCUGUACAAAGAUAAGGAAGGAAAUCUUAAAGGAGAUGGUCUCUGUUGCUAUCUAAAGAGAGAAUCAGUUCAACUUGCAUUGAGACUUCUGGAUGAGGCAGAAAUUCGAGGCUAUAAAUUGCAUGUUGAAGUUGCAAAGUUUCAACUGAAGGGGGAGUAUGAUGCAAGCAAAAAGAAGAAGAAAUGUAAAGACUACAAGAAGAAGUUGUCUCAACAGCAGAAACAGCUGGAUUGGAGGCCUGAGAAGAAAGAUGGUGCAACUCGAAUGCGACAUGAACGCAUCGUUAUUAUCAGGAAUAUGUUUCACCCAAAGGACUUUGAGGAGGAUCCCUUGGUGCUAAAUGAGAUCAGAGAAGAUCUGCGGACAGAGUGUGAAAAGUUCGGUCAAGUAAAGAAGGUUCUCAUAUUCGAUCGACACCCUGAUGGCGUGGCUUCUGUGUCAUUUAAAGAAGCAACAGAAGCUGAUCUGUGCAAGCUAACUCUAAAUGGAAGGUGGUUUGGUGGCCGUCAGCUCAGUGCUGAAACAUGGGAUGGUGUAACAGAUUAUCAGGUGGAGGAAACUGCAAGAGAAAGGGAAGAAAGGCUGAAGGUGUGGGGAUCGUUUUUAGAGGAUCCUGAUACAAAGGAGCAGCAAACUACAUCUGAUUCAGAUUCCGCAUCAAGUAGCGUUAAACUGCCUGAAGGCAGACAACCUUCAAAAGCGAAUGACACAUCUAAGGAGGAUGUAAAUGAUGAAGCCCAUAAGAGGGAGAAUAAUGGUGAGGGCAUUAAUGAAGAUGGUGCUCCAUCUACAGACAGCAGCCUUGCAGGCAGUGAUGUUGAAGCAGAUACAUAACAUCUUUAAUGCUUUAUGAAAGCAUGUUUUUUAGGGUGAUGUUUGAGUUUAUCCCUAUCUUCAGGGUGACUGCAGACAAUAUUCAUAUGAAUAUAUGCAUAUUUAGAAUGUCAUCAACUGUGUGCUUUGAAGUUUUCAUUAAAAGCAGUAUUUAUUGAGGUUCUAAAAGUUUGUAUUAAUUGGCUGUUCAGGUAAAGUAACUCAAGUUGCCAAGAAUGCAGUAAAACUCAUCAGGCUUCUUUUGUUCUAUGCUUGUCGGUGUUUCACUGUGUAAGUGUGAAAUAUGUUCCCACCCUUAAGUUUAUGUAACUAUAUGUAACUUCAGUAAUACAAAGCUAUUACAAGAUUUGUGGAUUUUACUGUUAAUUUUCCUGUACCCCUUGGAACUUGGUGUCUCAUCCUUAUAACUGAUUCUUGUCCUGAGUACAUUGGAUCACUUUACGAAACAGAUGCUGUGAUAUGUGUAGGGUGAAUGCAUUGGAUACGUUGCUGUGCAUUAAGUAGCAGAUGAUAAGAAUAGUACCAAGUUGCAGACUUAAAGGAAAUGGAAAACAAACAACGUUGCCACAGCCAAUGUAAGGCAAACUGAGUGAAGAUGGAUUAUUAGAUCACAGCGUUCAGUAAAUUAUUUGUUUCUUCCCCUGUUCAGAUCUUCUUUUGAUGCUUAGAUCUUCUGUUGAGGCUGGAAUUACGUCAAGGAGACUAGAAAUGCUUGAGCACACACAUUCUUAGACCAUAAUAAGACUGAUCUUAAACUCUCAUGGUCAGUAUGCAGUAGGUAUGCAAAACAGGCUUUUGAUUGAUGUGUUGGCUUUGUUUAGUUUUUGCUUUAAUAUUAGAGUAGAAGUUUUCGUUUAACUUUGUUAGAAUGAUGAGUGUGAGUUCUCUUCAACAUUUUAGUUUAGCCAUACGUGCUCUUCAAAGUGCGGAAGAUCUCCCGUAUUUCAUAAAAUCUAAAGGCUUUUGGCAACUUGAAGUACAUUUGUUGGGCAAAAGUUUAGGAUAUUUGUAAGUAUGCUUUCAAAUAAUAUUCUUUUAUAUGGAAAAAGCAAAUGCUAGCCCUCUUAUAAAUAUUUCCAAAAUCAAGGAUUUAGAAGACGUUCUAACUUUAGAUAUCUUAAUAAGUGGCAGGCUUUCAAAAAUAACUUUGGGGGACCUGUUUUGGGCGUAGUCAUUCUCAAUUUAGAAUCCCAUUCUUUUGGUACCUAAAGAUAGAAGAAUAUGGAUUUAGGCACUAAACAGUUAAAAUAUUGGUGCUAAAUUCAUAGCAUGCUGUUCAUAUGGGUAGUUACUAGUGCACGUUUGUAAGGAGGUUCUUUUGCAUUUUUUUAAUUCAUACUGGAUUGCAAGAAACCAUAGAUGCUAAUUCUUGUAUUUCCAUCCCAAAUUGAUCAGAAUACUCUGGAAAUCGGUAUUUUCAAACUUUGCGCUCCGAGAUUGCCAUCUGUAUUGUUUCCAGAAGUCUGUAUGGUACUCUUAAGUUUGUGGUUUUUUUAUUUUGGGGUUUUUUUUUUUACAAUUGAUAUGUAUGGGGUAUGCCAACCAGAGCAUUUAGGCUAACACUUGCCACUGUGGAUAUAAGUUGUAUCUUUUUGUGACAAAAUAUACAAGAGAGAUGAUAUUUGAAUUCAGGGUUUAAAAGUGUGGGGGCUCAUUAUAAACUAGCAUGACAAAUUUCCAAUUUUGAGUUGCAUUAUAGAGAAGAGCUGUAACUCUUGCCAGCUAAGAAAGACCGUUUUCUCAUCUCUACAGGAGUGUGAAUUGUACUUUUCAGCAAAACAGGUGUUUGAACAAUUCAGGGAAUCUGAAAUACUGCCUGGUUUGUAGCUGCACGUAGUGGCAUAUUCAGAUUAUAUCUCUGGGUUGUGUUGGGUCUGCCUUAGUUAUUUUUAUUGGCAACAAGCAGCACAGACCUUUUGAGGACUGGAAGUUUUUGCAUAUGAAGAGUAUAAUUUAGUGCGGUGGGUAUUGCUUUCAGUGCUCCUUUUUUUUUUCUUCCAGCUUCUAGACUCCAGGCUUAGAUCUAUCUGUUAACUAUUGUGUUUUGUUAGCUCCUUUUUUUUUUUUUUAAGAGCCUAGUCGUGUAACACUCUACACAGUUAAAUCACCUAUUUUACAGUGGAAUUGCAACUGAUAUAGGGAAACUGUUGACAUGUAUAAAUAUUGUACAGUUCAAUGAAGCCUUAUCAUGGUAUCAGAUACAAAAAAUAAGGUUAGUGUUAGUGUUUGAAAAAAGACUUUGAAAAAUAAAGAAUCAUUAUAUGUGCAGUAACUUUCCUCUCUCCAAUUGAUGUACAAAUUUGAUUGGCUUGCUUGAAAAGUCAAACAUGAUAUUAGUCUUUUCACCUUUUCCUCUAGACUUCACACUGAAGUAGAGCACCAACAAAGACUGAGACCAAAUGCUUUCCUGGCUUUCCUAUUAACUAGGAUUCUUAAGAAAAUAAAAGCUGUUUUUCCAUGAAAA